UGCAAGCGGUUUCCAUUGACUAGCUUUAAAUUGUGAGAGACCAGAAGAAAAUGGACAAUGUAGGAGUAUUUUAGUUUAAAUAUUGAGGUGAAAGGGCUGAACACAAACAUACAAAAUUGCUCACGUGUUUACAAUUCUGUUCACAGUUCGUAAUUUCUAUGUUAUAAGUGGGGUAGAAGCCAGUGCAAUUUUAUUUACAUUUUUGCGUAUUCAGAAGGACAAGAGAAGGAACACAGACAAGCUGCUGCCGCUGAAUGGGAGUUUUUUCUUAAAAAUAAAACCACCGACUGAGGAUAAAACGUUUGAAGCCGAAGAAUACCAGGCACACAGGACAUGCUAUAUUCUCAUCACUAAUACUAAUACAAUAUCCUUAAGUAUAUAUUUACUUGAAACCAUAUAUGUAUAUAUGUUUUUUUUUUUUGUUUGUUUUGGGAGUUUUACAGUAAUUUAGCUAGCUAAAACUGACUAUGUAAGUGUAAAUACCAAUAUAUGUGUUUAACUAAAAUAUAUAUAGAUAUUGUCAUAUACGAACAACUACAGGUAACAACGCAUUUGAAGCAAAGGUAAACUUGGCCUGUGUUUGUUAGAUUAUAACUGCAGUUCUUUUUCGAACGUUUUGCAGUUAAUUUGAAACUGGCCUCUGAAAUUAAUACAGUGAAUAAUUAUUGCCGCAGCACAUCUCUGCAAAAUUCACAAAAUAGCAGCAUAUACUGGGGAGUGAGAUGCUCUUAUGAGACAGUACUCCUACGACGGUUUUGGAAUUGAGAAUUUCACAUUAUCUUGCAUUCGCAAAAUACCGCUUUCUUAAAUUCUGGAUUGUGUUUUUUUUUGCGAGGGGAAGUUUUCAGUAGUAAAAAACAAUAUAUGGAUGAGGUUUCUUCUGUUCAGACGGAUGUAUUUGAAAUUGUUAUCCUGAUACCCGUGUUAUAGCAAACUGCGUCAGUGUCUCCUCAUUUUGCAGGUACUUAGCUGCUGUUACUGUUUUGGAUGAAGAUCAUGGUAAUAUAAAUCAGGAACAUCAAGCGUACAUACAAUAAUCACAUGCUGAAAUGGAAACGGGAGGCGAGUCUAAGUCAAAUCCUCCGCUGGGUUGUAAAUUUCCAUCUGUUCCCAAUUCCGACUGUGAACUUAACAUUAAUGUUUAUCACGCCGUCAGUGACAAUAAUGUCAAUAACAUGGACACUGCUGCAGUGCCGAGAGGGGGAAGCGAUCCUAGCGCUUAUCCUCCAUCGCAGCAUCAUGGGCUUGUCAAUCAGCGGUUUAGAAGGAGAAGUUUGUGGUUUUCUGACUCCGAAGAACAAAGCUUUGAUCCACCCGAAUGUGACAAUAAAAACAAAAUUCUAAAUCUGCGGACUAUUGUAGGCAGGACAGCGGGGACUCAUGGUUGCGUGCAGGAGGGCUCCAGCACCGAGAGUCAAGGCGGACAAAAACACAGUGCAACGGAAAGCGUUAGUGCAGAUGAGGAGAAAGCUGAAGUCGAACAGAAAUGCAACGCUGUCUCGCCUGAAAGUACCAAGAAUGUGGGGAAAUCGGCGAGUGAGGAGACUGAAGAAGAGGCUGGGAUGAAAGCAGUUUCCACAUCUCCAGGGGGCAGGUUUCUUAAAUUUGACACCGAGCUUGGAAGAGGGUCAUUCAAGACCGUCUACAAGGGAUUGGACACAGAAACCUGGGUUGAAGUUGCUUGGUGUGAACUUCAGGACCGCAAACUCUCAAAGGUAGAUCGGCAGAGGUUUAAGGAGGAGGCAGAAAUGUUGAAAGGCUUGCAGCAUCCAAACAUUGUUCGAUUUUAUGACUCCUGGGAAUCCUCACUCAAAGGAAAGAAAUGUAUUGUGUUGGUUACUGAGCUGAUGACGUCUGGAACUCUAAAAACAUAUUUGAAGAGAUUUAAAGUGAUGAAACCAAAGGUUCUACGGAGUUGGUGCCGACAGAUUUUGAAAGGCCUGCACUUUUUCCAUACAAGGACUCCCCCUAUCAUUCACAGAGACUUGAAAUGUGAUAACAUUUUUAUUACUGGACCCACUGGAUCUGUGAAAAUAGGCGAUUUGGGCCUUGCAACUCUAAAAAGGGCUUCUUUUGCCAAAAGUGUAAUAGGUACUCCUGAAUUUAUGGCUCCAGAAAUGUAUGAAGAACAUUACGAUGAAUCUGUAGACGUGUAUGCCUUUGGGAUGUGCAUGCUGGAAAUGGCUACUACUGAAUAUCCAUACUCGGAGUGCCAGAAUGCUGCACAGAUAUACCGAAAAGUAACAAGUGGUGUGAAGCCAGCAAGCUACAACAAGGUUACUGAUCCAGAAAUCAAGGAAAUUAUCGGAGAAUGCAUCUGCCAAAAAAAAGAAGAAAGGUACUCCAUAAAAGACCUUUUAAAUCAUGCCUUCUUUGCGGAGGACACAGGGGUGAGGGUUGAACUCGCAGAGGAAGAUGAUGGCAAGAAGUCCUCGAUUGCCUUGAAAUUGUGGGUUGAAGAUCCCAAGAAACUCAAAACGAAAUACAAAGACAACGGGGCCAUAGAAUUUACUUUUGAUCUGGAGAAUGAAGUUCCUGAGGAUGUAGCUCAGGAAAUGAUUGAAUCUGGAUUCUUUCAUGAAAGUGAUAUCAAGAUUGUUGGAAAGUCUAUAAAGGACAGGGUGGCAUUGAUCAAAUGGAAAAGGGAAAGAACAGUUCUGUUGCAGGUAAACAAGGAGCGCAGAGAUGGCGAUGGCUUGGAGAAGCAGAAGGCCCAACAAGCACAACUGCUGAUCCCAGAUGUAGGCGUUCAAGUGGGACAGCCAGUCGUCUUGGAGCCUGAGGAGCCAGAAGCAGACCAGUAUCCGAAUCUUCCUGCCAGUGCCACAUCUGUUACAUCUGACAGUACAUUUGACAGUGGCCUGGGUUCGACAGUGUAUUCUGACUCUCAGAGCAGCCAGCAGAGUGUCAUCUACCCAUCUUGCAUGGACCCCAUCCCAUCUGCUGUGCAGCAGGUCUGCAGCCCACCCCUGAGUGACACUCAGGGCCCUCCCCCUAGUCUGCAGCACCACCUCCAACAUCAACAGCAGCUGGGGUCCUAUCCACAACCUUCAGCACCUGGCUUUUCCAUGAUCCCAAACCCAGCUGCUGCCCUCUCUCAGCAGUCCCAGCAGCUUUCCCAGCAACCAGCACAGCCAUUCCCUGUUCUACAGCCAACUGCAAUCCCCCCAGUGCAGCAUGGGCCAGCGCAGACCAUUCCUCCAACCCAGCAGUUCCAAAGCUAUUUCUACACUGCAACAUUCCAGUCCCAGCAGCAUCUUGCAGCAAUGCAGAAUCUCCAACAGCAGGUUUCUGACAUGAAGCCACUUCACAUCUCCACGCCCCCCACACAGCAGUUUCCUGUUAUUCCCCUUGCAACUCCCCUUUCCGGAUGUGACACUUUUGUUCCUUCUCACCCUGAUUUCUCCAACGUUCCCCCUGUGCCAGCCUCUUAUUUCUCGCCUGGCAAAACAGUAGCUCCUCCUUCAGUGAACCCUACCAUAUCUCGCUCUAAAACUAAAGUCACCCCUGCCAUGCGGGUUGGAAACCUGACUCAAACCUCUGAAUCUGUGGUCUUACCAUGCCAAGGAUUGCCUGUGCCAGUGUCUUUGCUUGAUAUGGCUCUCCCUGGUGAUUCAGUUUUGCCAGCUCGGCAGCAAAUGCUAACCCAGCAGCAGCAGAUGUAUCCCUUGCAGCAAAUGAUUCAGGCUGAGGUUCCACCCUUGCAACCUAUUCAAAUAGCACAGGCAGUGUCUCAGCAGCAGCAGCUUCCUUUGCUGCAGCAGUCUCUUCAGCAGAAUUUAAUUCCACUGUCAGAGCAAGCUAUUCCUGAAGCUGAGCAUUCCGGGCAGGUAUCUACUCGGUAUUCUUUUGAUUUGGGAAUGCAAGCAGAGACGCAUUUUCAGACACCCACAAGAACUGCUCGGGCUCCAAUCGUGUCCCCACCUAGGCCGGAAAUGUCGUCUGCACCAGCUGGAGUGGAGCAGGUUGUGCAUCCCUCUGGCAAGCAGGUUGCAACAGCUGCCCCUACAAACAUAACCCAACCACUGAGUCAGCAAACCAGGAUGACUGCACCUGCCCAGCCUGCAGCAGAUGUUUGUCAAGAGGAGCCUAUACCAGAGAAACUGCUGUCACUACACAGUUGCUGCUAUGACAGUGUGAAUUCUGAUGCUGCUUCAGGUAAAGAGAUGAGUGAUGGCUAUGAAGGAAUUCAAGGUGGUGGGAAGUCAAGAAAACAUCACAGAAAGUCAACAAGAACUCGCUCCCGUCAAGAAAAAACAAGCAAGCCCAAACUAACCAUUCUAAAUGUCUGUAAAACUGGAGAUAAGAUGGUAGAGUGCCAGCUGGAGACACACAAUCAUAAAAUGGUAACGUUCAAGUUUGAUUUAGAUGGGGAUGCUCCUGAAGAAAUAGCAAUUUACAUGGUCGAGAAUGACUUCAUCUUGCAGACUGAAAAAGAGACAUUUAUUGAGCAACUGAAAGAUAUAAUUGAUAAAGCUGAGGAUAUGCUGAGUGAGGAUACAGAAGGAGAAAGAAGUUCUGAUCAAGGAACCAGUCCGCUACAAGGACAUACCACUGUUUUAGAAAUGGGAGAGGUUUCAACAGAUCAGCAGUCACGGGGCAGCCAGCCUGUUUAUCAGCAGAAUGUGCUGCAUACUGGCAAACGAUGGUUUAUCAUAUGCCCAGUGGAUGAAACGCCCACACCUGAGGUUAAGAAAAGCACUUCAUCUGCUUCAACAGCACAGCCUGCAAUUGCUCAAGAGCCAGAAAAACAAAUCAGUACUCGGGCAGUGCACUCAUCUGCUGCAGUAGCUCAGGCCCACUUUGACGUCUCAGAUGGCCAUUGCAGCACAACCGCUCCUUUCACUACAGGCCCUGCUGGUGUCACCCCCUCGACACCUUUAACAGCUCAAUCAAUUGUUCAAUCUGCUGCUUUGCCGUCAACGACUGGUGCCCAAGUUAAGGAUCUGUGUGAGCCAGAAAUCCUACAGACUCAACCUGUAGUGACCAACGGACCUCUGAAUGAAAUUCUGAGCUCCGUUCCAAUUGAGGAGCUUUUUAGUUCACUCUCGCCCUUGCAGGCUGUGCAGCAAGUUCUGUUAAGCCUGCAAGAGAGUUUAUUCGGCGGGACGACGGACGGUCCCCGCUUUGCUGAAAUUGCUUGUGCAGCUUCUGUUGCCGAUCUCCCCUGCUGCCCCAUCGUGCCACCUUCAUUGGAAAUUACUUCUGCUUAUAGGGCCAUAUCCCCACCUUUCCCUAUCUUGGACCAAAUUUUAGACCAACCACUGGCUUGCGAGGCUGAAUCGGCCCAGCAGUCUGUGGUAUUGCAGCAGCCUUUUGCAGCCCAGAUUCAGGCAACCGUUGGAGCUACUGGAACAACGGCUUCAUCUCAGCCUCAAAGCCCAGCUCAAGCUCCUCAACAGUAUCUGCAACAGCAAGCGUCCGCUUCUGGGCUGUCUAGCACUCCACAGACUUCUCUGGUGGAGUCUGAUGGGGAAGGUCCUCCAAGGGUAGAGUUUGUGGACAAAACAAUCAAGACAUUGGAUGAAAAACUACGCACUUUACUAUAUCAAGAGUAUGUUCCUACAUGCUCAGCAGGUACAUCUGAAACCACUGGUGGUUCUGGUGCUGAAUAUAUUCACUCUCCUCCUAUUGCUGAAAUUGAAAAUAUGCCAUCAGGAAUCCCUGACACAGCUGGCAAUCGGAUGUCAAUUCCCGAUGAAGCGUUGAAUCAUUCUCUGUGUUCAUCAGAACUACCUGUGAAGGGUGGCAUCCAGACAGCGCCUGCCAGUACAGUGACUUGUAACUAUGUGUCGCCACGAUCUGCAUUUUGUGAACAGUUGCCUCAAAUUCCAGAAAGAAACGACAGCUUGAGCUGUGGUAAUGAAACUGAUGCACCCUGGAAAAAAGGGUCAUUUGACAGUACAAGUAGAGGAGAGUUUCUUCUUAAUUUUGCUGCUAGUACACCAACCAGCACAGCAAAGAGCAGGUUUCAGAUUAUUCCCACCCCUCCAGAUAUCCUCAUAAGGAGACUCGACCGAAGCAAGAAGAGUGUCUGUCCAAACACCAAAUGCAUGAACAGUCCAGCACAGACCCCUCUGGUCAAUGGGGUGCAUGGUUUAGACUUUCAAGAGAGCAAGAUGACUGAGCCUGACUACAAUAACCUUGGUGUGCCAGCAGAGGGCUCUCCAAUCACAACUAUUGGCAGGUUCUCUGUUAGCACCAAGGAUGAAGUAACUUUGAAGACACCUUACAGUAACAGAUAUUCAGCACCUCCUGACUUCUACAUGGAUGAACCUCCCUCUAGUCCCAAAGUGAAGCCUGUUCCCCAUGCUCAUACAUCUACUCCUGUCGAUGUCACUGUCCACAGUCAUUCUACAGAUUCUGGGGAUGAGGUUAACAAACCCAACUCUGCUGCUUCUGCCACCAUCCCUUGUUCUGGCACAAGUGAUCACACCAGCAAUGAUCUGAUGAAAAAAGCUGUUGCUUUCUUAAGAAGAUCUGGAAAACACAGCAGUGUGCAGAGCCCUGACAGUCUGAAUGGACAGGAGGCAAAUGUUCCAACAAUAAGUAUUACCUCCAUCCAUUCUCAGUCCUACGUCAGCAGUGACAAUGAUUCUGAAUUUGAAGAUGCAGAUAUGAAAAAAGAGUUGCAGAGGCUCAGAGAAAAACACAUGAAGGAGAUCUCUGAACUGCAGUCCCAUCAGAGGGGUGAGAUUGAGUUGCUUUUUAAAAAACUUGGCAAACCUCUCCCCCCAACUGUGGGAUUCCUGCAUGCAGCGCCACCAACUGGGCGGAGGCGCAGAGCCAGCAAGUGCAAGCUCAAGGCUGGGAAGCUGCUCAAUCCGCUGGUUCAGCAACUUAAAAAUGUUAACACUAAUACCAGUGAGCCACCUGUGAAUUCCACUGCUGCCUCGGCUAAAGACUCCGGUCUGGCUGACAGUACUCCAUUAACCACUGCAAGUACACUGCCUUCCUCCGCUACUGUCAUUCCAACUACUGAGCCUGUUCAGACACAGCAGCCCUGCUCAGUCAAAGGGUCUCUCUCCUCUGAUGGCAUCUAUUCCGGCUCAAUCAGCGAUGGGAGCGGAGCGCACAGCAGGCUCAGUCAAGGCUGGACGGUUUACCACCAAACACCCGAGAGAGUGACCUAUAAAUCUAGUAGCAAACCUCGUACCAGAUUCCUCAGUGGACCUGUGUCUUUGUCCAUCUGGUCUACCCUGAAACGACUUUGUCUAGGCAAAGAGCGCAGUAGUAGGUCCUCAAAUAAUAGUAGUUCGACUGUGCCGGUACAGAGCCAGCAGCCCGUGCCACAACAGCUGCAGGGACUGGCACAGGGUCAAGCCAACAACAGCAACAAGAAGAAAGGCACCUUUACAGAUGAUCUGCACAAACUAGUGGAUGACUGGACCAAAGAAACCGUUGGAGCCACACAUAUAAAACCUUCUUUAAACCAGAUAAAGCAAAAUAAACAGUGGCAAGAUAUGGAGCCCAAACCAAAGCAAGCUGUGAGUGAGAUGAAAUGUACGAGUAUACCUGAAACAAUGAAGAAGUACCAGAUUCCACUGUCAUGCCCAAUGACCGCUGCUCUGGCUCCAGGUAUUUCACCAGCCAUGCCUGGCAGCCACGUCCCUGGGAUGAUGCCUCCUUAUAGAAUGCCUGCCUGCCAGUUCGGAGGACCCAUUCCUGGGUCGGUGUAUGGAGUACAGUGGCCAGUCAUAACGGGUCCAGUGGCACAAGCCGGUGUGUUCGGGGCACCAGAUGUGCCCAGAUUUCCAUCCCUUGGAAAUGCAGGGUUGCAAGUUUAUCCUGUGAAACCCAUUGUGAACCCACCAGGCCCCAACAUGAGGACUACUUAGCUUAAUGUGUGUAUGCUGGUCCAGUGUUUUAUAAAGCUUUGCUCUGGUGUGUAUUAGCUUAUAGGCAACACUUAUUCUGCUGGAUAUGGUUCUGCUGGCAACUGAUGUAAGGCUGAUUGAGCACAUAGCCAUACAUUGCAUCAUGCAAUCACUGUGAAACAAUUUCACAAAGUUAAGAUUAGUUUUGUCUGGGACAAUUUAUAGCUUAAGUAUUAUUAAGACACUUUAUUAUGUUAUACACUUGUAUGCUAAAACACUAGUAACCUAAAGCAAGGUUUUCAAAGAAUUUGAACAUGAAUUUAGAAGGUUAUUUACCCUGCAGGAGUAUAGUGCCUUGAAUAAUGCUUUUCAGAUUCUGCUGGAAAGAGGUGUAAAUGUUUGAAAGAUACAUAUUUUAUUUUGGCUUGUGUGUGUAAAUAUAUAUUUUCUUUUCAUUUAAUUAUUUAUUACAGGAAAUCUAAAAUGCCUACCCAGCACUGCUGUCGCCACUGUAAAUUUAUUUAUUUUGAAUAAAUCUGUUGAUUGCAGGUUUUUUGUUUUCUUAAACGGCUGCACUAAAAAUGCAGUUUUUUUUUUCUUGACCCAAAAUAAAUUUUAUAUUUUGUUCUGAAUGUAGGUUCUCAUUUGCCAAAAAAAGUUUUUGCAUUUAUUUAAUCACACCAGUACAAUUUUGUGAUUCACUUGAGUAAAAGUCAUAAAAGGAAACUAGAUUAAAAGAAUGCUUAGUUUAAGAGAUUGAAGACACACCAGACCAGAGCUACACUGAUACACCACAGUGCUUUUAGACAUGGAGGGAGCUGGAAGCUGCUGGGGAUUAUAGUCUUUGUGUUUUUGUUUAAAUAUAUUGAAUGUGGAUAUUGAUGUAUAGAAGAUUGCAAUGUUUUUUUUUUUUUUUUUGCAGUCUCACAGUUGCAUACAUUGGAACUGGUGUUCACAAUUCUCCAGAAAGUUUGCACAUUUAACACUUUUUUUUUUUUUAAUAAAGCAAUCCAUUUACAGCAGUGGGCACAGUGCUUUUUGUUUGUUUGGGGCUGUGCAAUCACUAGCGUUUGAACAGAAACCAUUAUUAGUUCAUUUUAGUUAUUUCAGCAUAUUUUGCUACAUGGAAGUGUACAACUUUACCCUGUUACCCAUUUAGUUUUGUACUUCACUGUAAGACUGAUAACAUCACAUAGUUGUCUGGCACUGAAUUGAUAACACAGUUGCAUGAUUUAAAUACAGGAAAGUCAGAAGGGGGUCAUUUUAAUGUAUAUUGAACAAAAAUGCAUAUACUGUUCCUUCAAAGUUAUGGUAUUCUUGAAAAGUGUUACUGUAAGUUACUAAUGUGAAAUAGUUCUCACUACAUUAAAGCAGAUGUGAACUGUGCUAUUAUUUUCUAGGACUUUUAUUACCAAUAAACCACAAUGGGUACUAUUUUGAUUUUUUUUUUUUUUUUUUUUUUUUUUUUCUUCUUGUGACAUUUCCUUUGCAGGUGGUGUUUAAU